AUGCAGUCUAUUAUUUACAUUACCGAUGCAGUCUAUUAUUUACAUUGGUCACCUCUCGGGAACACCCGAUGCAGUCUAUUAUUUACAUUGGUCACCUCUCGGGAACACCCGAUGCAGUCUAUUAUUUACAUUGUUCACCCGGAUGAACACCGGAUGCAUCUAAUUAUUUACAUUGGUCACCUCUCAAACACCGAUGCAUCUAUUAUUUACAUUGGUCACCUCUCGGGAACACCUGAUGCAGUCUAUUAUUUAUUUCACCAUUGGAACGAUGCAGUCUAUUAUUUCAUUGGGGAACACCUGAUGCAGUCUAUUAUUUACAUUGUCACCUCGGGAACACCCGAUCAGUCUAUUAUUUACAUUGGGAACACCGGAUGCAGUCUAUUAUUUACAUUGGUCACCUCUCGGGAACACCUGAUGCAGUCUAUUAUUUACAUCACCUCUCAGGAACACCCGAUGCAGUCUAUUAUUUGA